CGGCAACACGAUUGCUUCGGGUUCUUUUCGUCGCGCGCUGUUUUUUAGUCUUUAUACGAUAGUGGUUAUUUUACCCAUCGACCCACUGGCCUUGUGAUACUUAUUUCUAGGGGACCCUUUGAAAGAUACAGCUUCCAACAUCAUCGGACCUCGGAGCUCGGGAACUAAAGAGGCAUUUUGAACCUCACCAGCCCUUCACCUUCUAUUAGCCGUCGAGCGAAUUCUCAAUGGCAACAACUACACCUUCCAAACCGUCCGCAAAAGGUAUGCGAGCGAUGGCAAGGCGGGCGAAAAUCUCACGAAAUUCACCUACUAUCCCCAACACUUUGGGUUUUUCGAAACUGCUUGCCGUGUUUAAGGCUGUUGUUCUUCUAUCAACUGCCUCAAUCAUGUCUUGUGCAUCUCAAAUGGCGUUGGCACCUGUUUAUGGUGGAAUCCCGACAUCACUUUACCACUCAAAGAUAUCGGCUUUUGUGUUUGCGGCAGCGUGGAUUGCGAAGUACCUUCCAUUUAAGCUUCCAUUCAAAGCAAGGAAUUUGUUGCCUGUUCUGUCCCUUUAUGUACCUGCGAUUCAACGGGCCCUUGCAAGAUACUCUGAUGGCUGGGGUCCUUUCUGCGGUCCGAUAAUCACCGAGGGCGUAACGUUUUACCCUCUGCUCUUCCUGUCAGUUUACUCUAUAGCUCAUUUGGCUCAUUUUGGAAACUUUGCCACAGAUGGAGUCGUGGCAAGCGUAUUUGCUGGAUACUUCUGGAACAUGCAGUCAUCAGUUCCGAAACACCUUAUGAACCGCAUCGGAUCGUCAUGGAUUCUCACCCGCUGCGGACUCCCUAACCUGGCUGGUGGGAUUUAUGCAUUGGUGUCUCCUUCCCUCUUGCUUCUCACAGCUAUUCCUGCAAUGUUGCAUACAAACAUGUACAAUAGCAUGUGCACCUCUACUAUUGGCCUCAAUGAAAUAUUGACAGCCUCAAACUAUACCCUUCUAGCUCGUCAGGAAUCGAAUACGGGUUAUAUUUCUGUGCUUCAACAUAAUCAUCAAAAUUUCCGAGUAUUGCGCUGCGAUCAUUCCUUAUUGGGUGGAGUAUGGGAGGUACCUCCUCCAGGGUUCGAGUAUAUGGAUCAAGGCAUUAAGGAGCCAAUUUAUGCUAUAUUUGUCAUGUUGGAGGCUGUCCGGCUUAUUGACCCACCUCCCAAGAACCUCAACCCAAAGGCUCUAGCUAUUGGUUUAGGUAUUGGCACUGCUGUGAACGGGUUGAUCACUCAUGGGGUGGAGACGGAUGUUGUUGAGCUAGACCCCGUUGUUCAUCAAUAUGCGACUGAGUUCUUCCAACUCAAAGAGAAUCACACAGCAUACAUUGAAGAUGCUAUCACCUUUGUUAAGAGGGAAAACAGCAACAGAGGCAAGGACAGGAAGAAGUAUGAAUAUAUCCUUCAUGACGUUUUUACUGGAGGAGCUGUCCCGGCGAGCCUGUUCACCCUGGAAUUCUUUGUUGGACUAAGGGACCUUCUCUCCGAGGACGGCGUUAUUGCGAUUAAUUGGGCUGGUGAUUUGAAGUUGAAGGCAGCAAAAUCGAUCAUUGAAACUGUGCGAACGGUAUUUGAUGGCUGCAGGGUUUUCAGGGAGGAUAUGCCUGGAGAGGACAUUGACAAAGCCACCGUUGACUAUACUAACAUGGUUAUCUUUUGCACCCGCUCUCCGGACCCCUACACGUUCCGUGCACCGGCUGAUGCCGAUAUUUUGGGGUCGAUUACGAGGAGGCACUUCCUCUUCCCCAAAUUCGAAAUAGAUCUCGAUCAAUAUUUUGGGGUGUCGGGUGAAUUUACCCUUCUUGGCGAGUCCAACAUCGAUGCGCUUAUUGGCUGGCAGGAAACGAGCGCUCUCGGACACUGGAGGGUCAUUAGGACGGUCCUGCCUCCAGUGGUUUGGGAGAACUAUUAG